AUGGCAACCGUUGCCAAGGAGCGGUCUCUAGGAACCCGCGUGCGCCCGAGUGCCUCCCGGGGCGGGGGUGGGGAAGUGGUUUCGUGAGGAGAAUUUGAGGUAACCCCGCCAACUCGCGGUGGGGAGCUCGGAGAACCCCGAGUUCCCUCGAACUGCGCCCGCUCCCGGCCGGUGGCGGCGCCAGGGCCUGCUCGGGUUGCGGGGGGGUCGGACGCGGUGGGAGCCAGUGGGCCUGCGCGCGCUGCCCCGACUUGUGCCAGAUAAACGCGCGUCCUGGUUUUAAUUCUUGCCCGGGCCCCCUGGGCGCUGCUGAGGUUUUAAGCUGUAAGACUUAAUCAUGAGUGACCAAAUCAAAUUCAUCGUGGACAGCCUCAAUAAGGAGCCUUUUAAGAAGAACUAUAAUUUAAUCACAUUUGAUUCUCUGGGACCAAUGCAGCUCUUACAAGUCCUCAAUGACGUUCUGGCUGAGAUCGACCCCAAGCAAGAUGUUGAUAUCAGAGAGGAGAUGCCAGAGCAGACAGCCAAACGGAUGUUGAACCUUCUUGGUAUCCUUAAAUACAAACCUCCCGGAAAUGCCACAGACAUGAGUACUUUUCGUCAGGGCCUGGUGAUCGGGAGUAAGCCUGUCAUUUACCCAGUGCUGCACUGGCUCCUUCAGAGGAGCAAUGAGCUGAAGAAGAGGGCAUACUUAGCUCGUUUUUUAAUAAAACUGGACGUGCCGAGUGAGUUCCUACAGGAUGAGACUGUGGCGGACACCAAUAAACAGUAUGAAGAGCUGAUGGAAGCCUUUAAAACUCUGCAUAAAGAAUGUGAGCAGCUCAAAACAUCUGGAUUUUCUACAGCAGAAAUAAGAAGGGACAUCAGCGCGAUGGAAGAAGAGAAAGACCAACUCAUGAAGAGAGUUGAACGUUUGAAGAAAAGGGUGGAGACGGUUCAGAAUCAUCAGCGGAUGCUUAAAAUAGCAAGACAGCUUCGGGUCGAGAAGGAGAGAGAAGAGUUUCUUGCACAACAGAAACAGGAACAAAAGAAUCAGCUGUUCCACGCGGUGCAGAGAUUGCAAAGAGUGCAAAACCAGCUGAAAAGUAUGCGGCAUGCUGCAGCGGACGCCAAACCUGAAAGUUUAAUGAAGAGGCUAGAGGAGGAGAUAAAGUUUAAUUCCUAUAUGGUCACUGAAAAAUUUCCAAAAGAAUUAGAAAGCAAGAAGAAGGAAUUACAUUUUUUACAAAAAGUGGUUUCUGAGCCAGCUAUGGGCCAAUCUGACCUCCUCGAACUGGAGUCGAAAGUCAAUGAAGUAAACACGGAGAUCAACCAGUUGAUUGAGAAGAAAAUGAUGAGAAAUGAGCCGAUUGAAGGCAAGCUCUCGCUGUAUCGGCAGCAGGCAUCCAUCAUUUCUCGUAAAAAAGAAGCCAAAGCCGAGGAACUUCAGGAGACCAAGGAGAAAUUAGCCAGCCUAGAGAGAGAAGUGUCAGUGAAGACCAACCAGACCCGGGAAUUUGAUGGUGCUGAGGUUCUGAAGGGAGACGAGUUCAAGAGAUACGUCAGUAAACUUCGAAGCAAGAGUACAGUUUUCAAAAAGAAGCAUCAGAUAAUAGCUGAAUUUAAAGCUGAAUUUGGUCUCUUGCAAAGGACAGAAGAACUUCUUAAGCAACGUCAGGAAAGCAUUCAGCAUCAACUGCGAACUAUUGAAGAGAAGAAGGGUGUAUCUGGAUACAGUUACACCCAAGAAGAGCUAGAAAGGGUGUCGGCCCUCAAGAGUGAGGUUGAUGAGAUGAAAGGCCGAACCCUGGACGACAUGUCUGAAAUGGUUAAAAAACUGAAUUCCCUGGUUUCAGAAAAGAAGUCAGCUCUGGCCCCAGUUAUAAAAGAACUCCGGCAGCUGAGAGAGAAAUGCCAGGAACUAACCCAGGAGUGUGAUGAGAAGAAAGCCCAGUAUGAUAGCUGCGCAGCAGGCCUUGAAAGCAAUCGGUCCAAAUUAGAACAGGAAGUGCGAGCACUCCGUGAAGAAUGUAUUCAGGAGGAAAGUAAAUACCAUUAUACGAACUGUGUGAUUAAGAACCUGGAAGUUCAGCUGCGUCGAGCAACUGACGAGAUGAAGGCGUAUGUCUCUUCUGAUCAACAAGAAAAAAGGAAAGCAAUCAGGGAACAGUACACCAAAAAUAUUACUGAACAAGAAAACCUUGGUAAGAAACUCCGGGAAAAGCAAAAGGCUGUACGGGAAAGUCAUGGUCCAAAUAUGAAGCAAGCAAAGAUGUGGCGUGAUCUGGAGCAGCUGAUGGAGUGUAAAAAGCAGUGCUUUCUAAAGCAGCAAAACCAGAUUUCCAUUGGUCAGGUAAUUCAGGAGGGCGGAGAGGACCGCCUGGUGCUCUGAGCCCUGUGUCUGUCACUGGCUGUGAGGGCGGCACCCGCACACAGCGCUUCCUGCUUGGAAGGGGUUUGUUCAUCCUUUGCUUUCAGACUCCUUCCUCCUAAAGUUGUCUCGGAAAAUGACGUGAAGGCAGAUUCCGUCUUUUUACCAUGAAGAAGAGGCUUGCGUUGUUUGUUUAGUUUAGACGUCAAGUGGUAUCCUGAGUUUUAUGAGAAAGGGACUAAGCUUGCUAUCUGUAAUGUAAACAUGUGUCCAUUAAGAACCAUCUAGUUUUUAAAGCUGUAAUAACCAGUGGAUUAAUGUUUUCUCAAUCUUUUUUCCGGACUUCAGAGGACUCUUUUAGGAACUAGGAUCUCUUGUUUUGAAGAAACAUUUGUCUGAAGUCAGCAGACCCUAGGGUUUCACUUCAGUUUCUUCCUCUUCUGUAAAUGCAAGCCGGUUUAACAUUUUGAAAAGCCUUUCUUCUCUCCAUGUGAUUCAAAAGCAAAUAAAGCCUGGAACAUGGCAUGGCUGUUGAUCUUAAAUAAUA